AUGAUUCACGACAACGGCUUAGGACGCACGACGGAUGUUGGUGAACAGACUCAGCAACCGGCGUACAAUCCGUUUACAGGCAAGGGCUACAAUCCGUUGGUCAACCAACAAAGCUUCAAAGGCUUCAUUGAGAACCUGCAUAUACGAGAUGAGCAGGGAAGAGUGCACGUUGAAACCGUUCCAACGUUGCCGGAUAUGGUGCACAGCAUCUACGAAACGGGCGCCAAUGUUGUGCUGCAGCUUGAUUUCAAGGACCAGGCCGCCGUGGAGCCAGCCUACUGGGCGUUGAAGAACCUCACAAAUCGGGCCGGGGUGCCUGCAAACGAGUGGUGCAUCUACAAGCUGCAAGCGAAGUGGUGGAAAAACCCUGCGGAGUUCGAGAAGCUGGGCUGGGUUCAGGAUGCCUUUGCCUCCGGGGUUCAGCUCGCUUACAUUCCUGUUUACAACCCCGAAGAUGAAGUAUCCUGGGAUACCCUUGAAUCACUAAAGGAAUGGGCCAAGACCAACUACACGAUCAGUGCCGAGAUCGAGGUAUAUUCCACUGGUGCGCCAUUGCAAAAUCUUCAGGACUACGUUUUGAACAACGGUACGGAGAUGAACACGUUCAAGACGUCUGGAAUUUUUUACGCGCCUGGAGACUUCGUCGACUUUAUCACGUCAAAUCGCUCGCGGUUCGACACAGCAAACUACAGUAUUCCAGGAGAUAUUCGAACCCAUAACUCUGUUUAUGGGUUUCAGGAAAAUAAGGCCCCUGUGCUUCUCGACUCGAUAGUAGGAAACAAGUCGCUGGAUGGACAUGAUUACCGGAGUGACUUUGACUGGAUUCUAAAGCAAGGCUUUCAAUGGGUGAUCACUGACACUGCGGACUUCUGGGAUGCACAGCUGCGAGCUCAAGGAUAUCGUAAUACCAGCUAUAUGCUGGCUAGCGGAGAAGUCGAUGGUGUUUCCAACGGUUGGUACCGACGACGACAUUCUCGGGAAUUCACUGAGGCGUGA